AGAGAUAUAGGUUUCAGAAAUCCUCCCCCACCAUCAGGUUCCCAUACACCUCCUCACAGAGGCCAGUCCGUUCCCGAGAAUCCACCGCGGCUUUUCCCCGCAGCCCUGUUUCUUCAGCGACUCCCGUAGAGUUUGAAUGGGAGGUGGUGCCGUGACCCUGCAGCUCCGUGUGACUGCGGCCAGUGGAGCAGUAAACACUGCUUUUCCAUGCUCUCUCCCGGGCAGAGACAGACCCUGGAAACGUGCUGAGAAGUUCCGACAGAAGCUGCAAUGCUUUCCUUUUUUGUGAACAAGGAAUACUUCUGUUAACUGAGCGGAAUAACCUGAAAAAACAGCCUGCUACUGAAGAGAAACCCAAGCUAUUCCUCUCUCAAAUCCUCCAUUACCACUCCAUCACCAGCUGGUGGAGGAUGGACCAUCCCCAGUACUGCCGGCACUUCCUGGCGGACAACAGCACCCUUCAUGUUGAGCGAUGUAUGAGUGUAAUGCAGUCAGGCACUCAGAUGGUGAAGCUGAAGAAUGGCUCCAAAGGUCUGGUCCGCCUCUUUUACCUGGACGAGCAUCGCUCCUGUAUCCGCUGGAGACCGUCACGCAAGAGCGAGAAAGCCAAGAUUACCAUUGACUCGCUCUACAAGGUCACAGAAGGUCGUCAGUCGGAUAUCUUCCAUCGUCAUGCUGAAGGAAACUUUGACCCCGCCUGCUGCUUCACUAUUUACCAUGGGAACCACAUGGAGUCUCUGGAUUUGGUGACAUCUAACGCGGAAGAGGCUCGGACGUGGAUGACGGGACUCAGGUACCUGAUGGCCGGCAUUAGCGAUGAAGACUCACUGGCCAAGAGGCAGCGGACCCAUGACCAGUGGAUGAAGCAGACGUUUGAGGAGGCUGACAAGAAUGGAGACGGCUUUCUGAACAUUGACGAGAUUUACCAGCUGCUGCACAAGUUGAACGUCAACCUGCCUCGCCGAAAAGUGAAGCAGAUGUUCCAGGAAGCAGAUACCGAUGACCAGCAGGGCACGCUAACGUUUGACGAGUUCAGCGUAUUCUACAGGAUGAUGUCGUUAAGACGAGAUCUUUUUCUGCUACUCAUGUGCUUCAGUGAGAAGAAAGAUCACCUGACUGCUGAGGAGCUCGGCAACUUCCUACGAGCGGAGCAGAAGAUGACCAACGUGACGGCUGAGUACUGCCUGGAAAUCAUCGAUAAGUUUGAAGUAACUGAAGAGAACAAGCAGAAAGGAAUUCUGGGAAUUGAAGGUUUCACUAAUUUCAUGCGGAGUCCUGCGUGUGACGUCUUUAACCCUCAGCAUAACGAGGUUAAUCAGGACAUGGAUCAGCCUCUGUGUAAUUACUUCGUCGCCUCCUCUCACAACACUUACCUGACUGGAGAUCAGCUCCUGUCCCACUCCAAAACCGACAUGUACGCCUGGGUCCUGCAGGCAGGCUGCCGCUGCGUUGAAGUGGACUGCUGGGAUGGUCCAGAUGGUGAACCCAUGGUCCAGCAUGGAUACACACUCACCUCCAAAAUCACCUUCAAGUCUGUCAUCGAGACCAUCAACAAAUACGCCUUCGUCAACAACGAAUACCCAGUCAUCCUGUCCAUAGAGAACCACUGCAGUAUCCAGCAGCAGAAGAAGAUUGCUCAGCAUCUGAAGGAGAUCUUUAAGGAUAAGCUGGAUGUGGGAGAACUCCUCCACAGAGAUUCCAAACAACUGCCCAGUCCCAACGGUCUGAAGGGCAAGAUCUUACUGAAGGGUAAGCGCCUGCCUCCGUAUCUCUCUGCGGACGCUGAAGAAGGGGAGGUGUCAGACGAUGACAGUGCAGAUGAGAUCGAAGAUGACUUCAAACUGAAGAACAGCACAUCUAACGGUCCCACACAGCACAUGGUUGAAACUCAGAUCAGGAAGAAGCUGGACUCUCUGCUGAAGGAGUCUCAGAUCGGUGAUAAAGAAGAUACGGACAGCUUCUCAAUACGAGCCCUGCUCCGAGCUACACAUGAGGGCCUGCACAAAAACCUGCGCAAGAAUUCCAAAGAGGGCUUGAAGAAGUCUCAGAGUCGAUCCUUCAUCAGCAACCUCAAGCAGAAGAGGCACUCCAAAUCGAGGCUGAAAUGUCAGAGUGUUGACACAGAUGAGGACGGGCAGCAAGAAGCAUCCGGAAAAGAAGGAGGAGGACAGUUCAACAGGAGUGGGGGCAGGAGGAGGACGAUGAAGCUCAGCAGAGAUCUCUCUGAUCUGGUUGUCUUUACCAACUCUGUGGUGUCUCAGGAGUGUCUGGAUGAGGGUUUUGUGGUGAAUGUGCUUUCGUUCAGUGAGACGCGAGCACAGCAGCUGGUGCACCACCGGGCAGAACGCUUCCUUACUUUCAACCAGCGGCAGCUCUCGCGCAUUUACCCCUCCGCCUACCGCAUCGACUCCAGCAACUUCAACCCACAGAACUACUGGAACGUAGGCUGCCAGCUGGUGGCUCUGAACUAUCAGACAGAAGGCCGUAUGAUGCAGUUGAACAGGGCGAAGUUCAUGGUAAAUGGAGGAAUUGGUUACGUCCUGAAACCGCCACCCAUGUGCAAAGGUUCCUUCAACCCCUACAGUGAUGAUCCUCUCCCUGCCUACCCGAAGAAGCAGCUGGUACUGAAAAUCAUCAGCGGGCAGCAGCUCCCUAAACCUCCGGACUCCAUGCUGGGCGAUCGAGGGGAGAUCAUUGAUCCAUUUGUGGAGGUGGAAAUCAUCGGUCUUCCAGUGGACUGCUGUAAAGAACAGACACGGGUUGUUGAUGAUAACGGCUUUAACCCUGUUUGGGAGGAAACCCUGUCCUUUACCCUGCACAUGCCUGAGAUUGCAAUGGUUCGCUUCCUGGUGUGGGAUCAUGACCCUAUUGGCCGAGAUUUUGUUGGCCAGAGAACUGUGGCCUUUAGUAGCUUAAUGCCAGGUUACAGACAUGUGUACCUGGAGGGGAUGACGGAGGCAUCUAUUUUUGUCCAUAUCUCAGUGCAUGAUAUCUAUGGGAAGUGGAGUCCUCUAGUCCUCAAUCCCAGCUAUACCAUAUUGCACUUUCUAGGAGCUAACAAGGGUCGUCAGUUGCGGGGUUUCCGUGGCUUCUUCAGCAGGAGUUCCAAGUGUUCUGUGGACACACAUACUGGUGUUCCACCGCGCAAGCGAUCCAUAACCAAUCACCUGCUGCGCAGAACUGCUAGUGCACCUGCAAAGGGUCGCAAGAAAACCAAGAUGGCGCUGUCUGAGACCUCGCUGGACAAGGACAAAAACGACAGCAAUGGGGACCUCAAGCAGCAGGCUGUGGAGAAGAGAGUCGGUCCAAGAAUGGCCCUCCAGCACCGGCCAGCCUCCAUGCCCCUGGACAGGCUCCUACAGAGCAGACUUACCCUGUCUUCCCCUGAAACAGACGGAGCCGACCCUGGUGCUGACACAAUAAUUGAUGCAUUCCAAUUGGAGAGACCCAGGUCUAUUUCUCUGGAUCUGCUCAUCGAAACCUCUGCCCACAAAGACCCUGACGAUGCCCUCAUAUAUGAAGUCAUCCAGGACAAUCCCACAAAGUCUGAAGAAAUGGGUGAGGCCUCAUACUUCGUCAUUGGCGGAAGAGGUGAAUCUACCACUGACAAUGACCUCCCUGAACAUCUAGACCAUCGCUUCAUCCAGCAAACCAAAGCUGAAAAUUUUACUGCUUUUCAAAGGCUAACGGAUAGUGUCUCCAGUCUCUCGGAUCAACCUGACUGUCAAUUUAGCUUGCAAACAGACGGGCCCCAAAGAGACAUUUCCAAAAAUAUCAAAGCAUCCAACAUGGCUGCCCAUUCUACUUCCUCCUUUUCAGGGGCUCAUGCCCAAUCUCCACUUCCUUCCACAGUGUAUCAGCCUAACCAGCAAGGUCGAAUGUCUAUUCAGGACAGUGCCCUUUCCCGCCUUAUUGAUGCUGUCUCCUUCUGCAAUGAUUACGACACGUGUGGGUCCAUAUCAGCUCUUAUAGAUCAGUUUGAAAUGACCAAUGAACAAAGUAAGCUCAAUCUGUCCAGUGGCUCAAACCAGACUUCUAAGUCUUCUAAACUGUCCAUCCCACAAACAAACAACAAACUUUCCAGCACUCCACUGAAGAUUAUACAAGAAUCCACUCAAAAAGCAUCAUGGCUUGCAGAUAGAUCCGUCCUGUCUAGUCCUGAAACCACUGAACCAGCUGUUUUUACAAUUCUAGACGAAGAAGUGCUCUCUCCUGUCCCUAUUUACGAUACUAUUGACCAUACCAUUGUCUGUAAUGAUUCAGAGACCAACUUGACAAAAUGUGUGACAUCUAUUGGUAGCCGAGGUUCCUCCCCAAAAUUGUUGCCUGUUGAAAGGGCAAAAGACGGUAACAGUGCCUGGAUACCGUAUAGAGAUGAACACUAUAAAGACCACCACCAGUCUACUAGGUCUUCCAGUAUCUUGGCAUGUGGAGGUUACAGAGAAACCUCAGUAAACAGUACAGUCUCCGACCGCUUUCUUAUGUGUCAGGGUUCAGCUAGCAGUAGCUUGAUGGAAGUGGAAAUCAACGUGGAUGGCGAUCCUCUGGAUACUUUGACCCUGGCAUCCUCAUACCAAGACCGUCAGUGGAGCAGUGAUCUAGGACUCUCAAACCAGCUUUCUCCUCUCCACAGACUAUCAUAUAAACCUUCAUCCUCAAUCCAUAAUCCCUAUAUACCUUCUCCAUCAAAAUCCUUGUAUAAACCCCCUGGCAUUGCCCACUCUGCAGAGUCAUCACCCUUUUAUAGGCCUUGCCAGCGCCCUUCACCACACAAGCCUCUUGUCUCCAGCACUUUGCAUCAGCAUGGCCAUGCCAUUACCAAACCCCAGUCAGACCCCAAGUUUUUCAGCUCUGCUAAAUUUCAGUCUGCCAAGUACAACAAUGACUCUUCCAACAACAGGCACUGGGAGACUAGGGAGAGGAAUGACUUGACCUGUAGGACAGAGCACUUGCAGAAUGGGUACUCGUCUUCUGACUGUCUUCUAAGGACUCAAGUUAGUAACCCUCCACCAGCGAGGGAUUCCUACUUGCCGGUCUCUGAUUGUGAUAUGAAGUACAGUUCUGUGGAAUAUGGAGCUAGCUUUGCUCCUCCAAGGCAAUAUUCCAUGCAACAAAGCCAAGCCUUAAAACCAACCCCUCCUGAGGGCUACAAUGGAAUCUACCUUCCUCAGACUCCUAGUCCAUGUAAGUCCAAGAGUCUGGGUGACUUGACAUCUGAGGACAUCUCUUGUAACUUCCAGAGCAAGUACAAGGUCAUCAGCCGCAGUUUCAUCACUCCUGCCAUGCAAGAACAGAGACGGAAAAAUGGCUUGGCCAAACGGCCAAACUCUACUGACCCCUUGACUGAACAACUUCGCAAACUUGUGACAUUGGAAGAGACGGAUUGCCACCGUCCUUUCCACAAGCAGUUCCAACACACUCCCAAGCCUCUGUCAGUGCUCCCUCCAGUUCCAGCCAGUUCUGCAGUUUCUACAGAGGACCAGGAGGACCCUCCUCCAUUCCUUUCAAGAAGGCUAUCCUCUCGAAGUCAGAGUCGGGUCCGCCACAUAGCCAGCCGUGCUAAAGAGAGACAACAGGAAGCACUCAAACGACCUGUUGGGGGCAGCUCUGAGGUGGUGCUUCGCAAUAAGCCAGUUUCCUCUCAAAAUCUCCUCAUCAACAGGCAUUCUACCGGUUCCUACAUCGCCGGUUACCUGGAGCAAGUGGGGCCAGAGGAUCGGGGCUUACCUGAGGGUUCCUGCACGACACUCCAUUAUGGCUACAGAGAUCAAUGUUAUGCUGAUGACUCUGUGCUGCCUUCCGAUUCCUGCCCCACCUCCGAACCUGAGGUUUACUUCUUGCUGAGACUUUGACUUUAGCCUCUUCUCUCUGUCUUGCCUGUACUUGUACUUGCUACCAGUGUGAUUUCACUUCUAGUUAGAAACAGUUUAUCAGUCUCUAAGGUACUAAGCUACUCACACUCUACCAGCUUAUUGUCGAAUAUAAAGUGCGCUUUGAGAACACAAGUCCAGAGACUAAAUGACCUAAAUCAAAGCUUCCAGCGUUGUGUAAAUAGUACAGCAAAUCCUGAUCAGUAAGUUUUUGGUCCUAGAUGCACUACACCAAAUUGCUACUGUAUCAAGCUACUUUUAUCUCUGUCCAUCUGAACCAUGUUAUGUGUGUAAAUGUUCUUGUUUGGAAAAAAGUAUUUACUGUAAAGGAAAAAAAAUAACCAGGCUUACUGAGGGUUGUUUUUUAAAGACAUUUUGUCUGGGUCUUCGAUUUGUCUCUUUCUAAAUGUCAAUCAACCGAUGAUUCUUAGAGGGGCCUCUAUUUUAAAAGGUAUCUUUUCUUCAGUCUUCCUGCACCCCUGUUUUGUUAUUUGUAGGUCUGUGUUUGUUGUACAUAUAUUGGCUAAUUUGCCUUUAUUUAAGGCCCUAUGGGUUUUCUGUUUGAAACUGAAUGGUGGUGUUACAUUUCUGAAACAGCAUGUGGACCGUGGACAUGUUGAGCAUGACUAUGCACAGAUGGGUAGAUGUAUCUGUGCCCUGAUUUUGCAUAGAACUCUUUGCUUUAUUCCAUGCAACUCACAAGAGAAACCUGCCUGCUCAGAUCUGCUUGCUCUCACUCUCUUAGGCAUGCAUUUUCAGAUUAAUAUACACUGCUUCGUAAUCAGAAAAAAAGAAACUGUGAGGUUAAAGUUUUAUUUUUGUAAUUGCUUUGAUACAGAUUUCCAAAAAGAAGAAGAUAAAUGGUCUAAAUAUUUGUUUUUUUUUUUCUUUCCUUUUAAAAAGGGAGCACUGGACUGAGAAGUCACAGUUAUGGGUUACACACUGGACAAAGCAAUGGUUUUGUUGUUAUUGUUUUUUUUUUUUGUUUCUGUGUUAAAGGGUACCCAGAUCAUUCUUUUUAUUAUUGCUCAUCGAAUGUCUAUGAGCAUUUUCCUACCAAUGCAAUAAAAUUCAGUUUGACAUUAAA